CUGUCUGUGACAUAUUUUCCUGAGAAUAUCGUGCCCUUACAUCUUAUCCAGUUAUGACUGCACAAUGACUGUAAACUCCGCGAACACCGAUCAGAAUGUACCGCCUUCGUGGGAUUCGUCGUCAGACUUCUUCCUGGACUAUGCCACCAACGCGACCAAUGGCACACUCGUCUACAACAUCCCACGACUCAUUAUCUCUAGCGCGCUACUGCUUAUCAUCAUUAUGGCGGUCAUAUUUGGCAAUAUCCUGGUGCUUCUUGCAGUACUCAUGGAAAGAAAACUGCGCACCGUGACAAACUAUUUUAUUUUCAAUUUAGCAGUAGCUGAUCUUCUCUUGGGAACCCUCGUUCUUCCAUUUUCUGGUACCCUAGAGGUAAUUAGCUACUGGCCAUUCGGUCAAAAGUUUUGUGACGUAUGGGCGUCGGUAGAUGUUCUUUGCUGUACCGCCUCGAUUGUCAGUCUUUGCGUUAUUAGCAUCGACAGAUACAUUGGUGUUACAAGGCCGCUGAAACAUAAACUCAUAGUCACACCGAGGAGGGCGCUGUUGGUCAUUGUCGGUGUGUGGAUACUGUCUUUUGCCAUUGCAGUUGGUCCGUUGUUUGGGUGGAGACCACCCAAGGAUGACCCUUUAGAGUGCCCGCUUUCAGACUCAAUAGAUUAUGUCUUCUUCUCGGUCUCUGGGUCUUUCUACAUUCCAUUAAUUGUCAUCAUAGUCCUAUACAUUCGCAUAUACCAAACUGUUUCUGUAGAAUACAAAAGUAGACAUGGUGGGAAGUCUCACGGCUCGCCAUCUACAAGUUCAGAGAAAGGUAGCCCCAAUGGGGUUGUUCUGCGGAUGCAUAGAGGCAGUGUCCAGACGCCUCCUGGACAUCAACUGGUAAAACGCCAGAAUUCGGCCAACAGCCUCCUAAGGCCUUCCAGAACUGCGUCGCAAAGAUCGGUUACCUUUAAUCGUGAAAAGAAGGUAGCUAAAACGCUUGGGAUCGUUGUCAGCGUCUUCUUCAUGUGCUGGUUUCCAUUCUUCUUCCUGCUUCCUUUAACCUCUGCUUGUACUAGUUGCUACGUCCCACCCUUGGCCUUCAACAUAUUCUUCUGGCUGGGUUACUGCAACAGCUUCAUGAAUCCCCUGAUCUACGCGGUGUCCAACAUGACAUUUCGCCGGGCUUUCAAGAAGAUCCUCUCCUGCCAGUACUGCCAAGACUGUCCAUGUGGCCCGACCAGCGCACCGCGUAAGAUUUACAGCGCAGGCUCACGUAGUCGGACAAGAACCAGUAACUGCUUGCAGUACAACGCCGUACCCACGUGUAAUGAUUUUGAUUUGAAAGGGCAAGACGAGGUUCUUCAGGUCGUUGUUGCGAGAAGAGCGUCCUCUGCAUCAGAGGGCCACUUAGGGAAGGACGAAAUACAGGAUUUACUGCCACGCUCAUCGUUGCGGAGGACACUCUCUGAUGCAGGACGGCCGGUGGACUGCAAAGUGUUGUAUGCGCGGUUGUCGGCCGGUGCAGAUGCUUCGCUAAGUACCAUUACAGAAGUCCAAGAGCACCCUGAACAUGAGGAGUCUUCUUUUCACGAACGUGGACACAGAAUCUAUCACUUUUCUAGCAGUAGCGAAGAUGUGUCAUUGUGCUCUUCACCUAGCCAUUCUUCAAAAAACCCAGAGAGUUCCUCGGCCAGCGAAGGUAUACAGUACCCAGGGCCUCGAGGACCAAACCUGUUGGUAACUAAUGCUGUAAUAAAUCAAACCGACUCAGAUAGCGCAGGAACCCCGAAUCAUUGCAGCUCUACUGUUAAUGGUAUUGAAACUCCAGAAUCCUUGGAAUUGAACGCGAAAAAGAAUCAUAAUCUAAUCACAUGCAGACAGAGGGCAACGAAGGAAUUUAAUAAUCGACAAGAACCCAGUAGAUUAAUUUCAAUAGAGACUUCGUUAUGAAAUGCAAGACUUAUAAAUUAUAUGUAAUUAUCGCUGCUCAUAAUGAGUCUAAAAGACGGGAUCCACAUCUAGCUCACACCUUGAAAAGGUGCAAAUUCGUUGCAAAUUUGUUCGUGCAUAUGAAACUAACAAAGUGUUAAAGCCCCUUAAAAGUGUUGGGAGCCUCAAAUUCGCCUACAAUUUUAUGGAAAAUUUUCAUUCAAAUUGUAUCAUUAUGUGAAAGAGGAUAUCAUUUUAGACCAGUUCUGCAAAGAUUUCCCCAACAAAAAUGUGUUUGAAGACAAAUAUUGAUAAAAGAUUACAUCAUUUUGGUUUUCUGUUGUUGGCAGAAAACCUAAAUCUUGUAUUCUUUCAAUCAAUAUUCGACUUCAAACACAUUUUUUUUUAAAAUCCUUGUAGGAAUGUGUCUUAAAUGACAUCACCUUUCACAUCAUGAUACAAUUUAAGUGAAAUUUUGCCAUCGAAUUGUGUGGCUCCCAACACUUUAGAGCGGCUUCAAAACAUUUGAUAUUUCCAUAAUGCGAAAUGAUGAUUUUUUUUAAAGAGUAUUUUAGUUUUUAACAUUUGCAUUAUGUCUUUAUUCUAAUUUUUGAAUAAAUAGUUUAGAUGAUCGAUUGAAAAUCGUUAAGAAAAUGAAAAGAGUUAAUACUCGCUUGAAUUUACACACCAGGGGGGUGUUUCACAAAGAUCCUAAGUUGAACUUAUCUCUAAGUUUGACUUAAAAUUAUGGAGAGCCAUUUGUAGCCUUAAAAUAAAAUAUAU